GUCUGUCACCUGUAUCACACUCUUCCGGUGGAAUAUCUCUCUCUCUCUCUCUCUCUCUCCCCUGUAGUUCCAACAGGAAAACCACAUUCUCUUCUCUCUCUCGAUCUGUAAAAUCCCAAACCCCUAAAGCUCAAAGAGCCCUAGUGAUAGCGCUAGCUGCCUCAAAGCUGAAGGAGAUCUCUCUCAUUCUUCCUCACCAUGAACGACCUUCUAUCGGAUUCUUUUGAGAUCCCCAGGGAUCAGAAUUCUAGAAAUGGAGAUAUUGAAAUGGGAAAUCAGAGGCCAAUGAAUUCUGAACUUGGCCUGGAUCAAUUUUUUAAGCAGGUUCAAGACAUUGAGAAACAAUAUGAUAAGUUGAACAAGCUCCUCAAAAAGCUUCAGGAUGCUCAUGAGGAAUCAAAGGCAGUAACAAAGGCUUCCUCUAUGAAAGGAAUAAAGCAGCGAAUGGAAAAAGAUGUAGAUGAAGUUGGAAAAAUUGCUAGGCUCAUAAAAUCAAAAAUUGAGGAGCUUGACAAAGAUAAUUUAGCCAACAGAAAUAAACCUGGAUGUGGCAAAGGAUCAGCUGCUGACAGAUCACGAACUGCAACAACAGUUGCCUUGAAAAAGAAGUUGAAAGACAAGAUGGCUGAAUUUCAGACUUUAAGGGAAAGCAUCCACCAAGAAUAUCGUGAGGUUGUUGAGAGGCGUGUAUUCACAGUUACUGGGGCUAGAGCUGAUGAAGAGACAAUUGAUAGGCUGAUAGAGACUGGGGACAGUGAACAAAUAUUCCAGAAAGCAAUUCGGGAACAAGGACGAGGACAGGUUAUGGACACCCUUGCAGAAAUUCAAGAACGGCAUGAUGCAGUGAGAGAAUUAGAAAGGAAGCUAUUAGAGUUGCAACAGAUAUUCAUGGACAUGGCAGUGUUGGUUGAUGCUCAAGGGGACAUGCUUGACAAUAUAGAAUCACAGGUUUCUACUGCGGUUGAUCACGUGCAGUCAGGGAAUGUUGCGUUACAGAAGGCCAAGAAAUUACAAAGAAAUUCCAGAAAAUGGAUGUGCAUAGCUAUCAUUAUCCUCCUUUUAAUCGUUGCAAUCGUUGUUGUUGGCGUCCUCAAGCCGUGGAACAGCAACAAGGGCGCGUAGUAUCUUCUACCAUUAUGUACGCAAUGUAUAAAUUUAACACAGUUUUUAGUGUAAUUCCAUUACUACUGUCAAAAUUUUUCCAUUGAUUUCUCUGCUGCUUGGGCUUGCCUGUUCCUCUGAAGGUUUGACUAAACUUUGAUUGAAAUGUUUACUCGAGUAAUACGAUGUUGGCUACUGUCUAUAAAUGUUGUAUUCUGGUUGGUUGCACUUUAUAUCUAAACCAUUUUCUACAGUUUCAGAAAA